AAUUUUAGGUUCCAGGAUACCGAGUAUUGAAAAACAAAUAAUUUUCAAAAAUAAAACAAUCCUUUACUCGACCUUCAAGCUUCAUGACUCCUGAGUCACAAAACCUAGAUAUUUGAGUCACAGAGCAGCAUUUGGAGUCACGGAUCUGCGUAAGCUGAGAAUUUGGUCGCCACUGCUUCUUGCCUGGGAUUCUGACUCCUUUCCCAGGUCAUGACGCCAAAUGCCAGCGGAAGGCACGAGGAUCCUGCGGGUGAUCUUCUCCAGUCUGGACCUUCAAUCCCUCUCCAUCCACUAGGGAUCAAGCCCUUGGGAAACCAGUACCUAUCUACGGGCCCCAAUGCGCGCACAUCUGCCGGAACCCUCCAAGCCCUGCCCGACGAGGUUUUGGCAGUGUUUCUCGAAUACCUUGAUCAGAGAAGUGUCAGACUCCUAGGCUAUACUUGCAAGUUUCUCUAUGCAUUUUGCAAUUAUGAUGAGCUCUGGAAGACCUUAUUUCUCGAUGUGCAUUCUUCGGAAAGUUUACCCUUCACCUGGCGUGGGACCUGGAAAUCAACACUGUUAGACCUCCCAAAGGAGAAGCAGAUCAAAGUUGACUGUAGCAACGUAUUCUCGGAUGUGUUGCAUAGGCCUUUUGUCUGCAGUCAUGUCGCGCUCGGCCAGUUCACAUCCAAUAUACCCCAGGCCAACCAAGUCCGCCGCUUUGAAAACCUCAGCUAUGAAGGGUUCUCAAGCAAGUGGAGUGACAAGCCGUUCAUCCUGACGAGGUGUAUCCAAGAGUGGCCAGUCUGCCAAAGCUGGAAUAUGGACAAACUCUUGAGCAAAUACUCGGACGUCGAGUUUCGGGCGGAGGCUGUCGACUGGCCGUUUUCAACCUACCACCAAUACAUGUUGGACAGCCGCGAUGAGAGCCCCCUGUAUCUGUUCGACCGGAAAUUCGCUGAGAAGAUGCAGAUAAGGGUGGGGAAGGAGGACGGCGCGGCGUAUUGGAAACCUGACUGCUUCGGUUCGGACUUGUUUGAGCUGCUUGGGGACGAGAGGCCUGCUCAUCGGUGGCUUAUCAUAGGGCCCGAGAGGAGUGGCUCGACUUUCCACAAGGAUCCGAAUGGCACGAGUGCCUGGAACGCGGUGGUCCAGGGCGCAAAGUACUGGAUAAUGUUCCCGUCAUCUGUCUCGGUUCCUGGCGUUUAUGUGUCCAAAGACAAUAGCGAAGUCACAAGCCCCUUGAGCAUCGCCGAGUGGCUCCUAGAGUUCCAUGCCGAGGCGCGUCGACUUCCAGAAUGUGUCGAAGGCAUUUGCAAUGCAGGCGAGAUACUACAUGUACCAAGCGGCUGGUGGCAUCUAGUGGUCAAUCUUGAGAGUGGAAUCGCCCUCACGCAGAACUUCGUGCCCGAGUCACAUCUCGUCGAGGUAUUGUCAUUCCUGAGAGACAGGCCAGAGCAAGCCACGGGAUUUAAGAAAGGUAUCGAGGAUCCUUACGGCUUGUUCGUCAGUCGGUUGGGAGAGCAACGACCGGAGCUGCUCGCAGACACGUUGGAGGAGCUGAACCAGAAGCAAGGCCGGAAAAGAAGGAGAUGGGAUAUGGCUGUUGGUCAUAGUACCGAGGAGGAUCAACCACAAAAGAAAGGCACCGGGUUCAGCUUUGGGUUCUGUGACGACGAAGGCGAAGUUCCAUAGAUCUGUCCUGCCACUUUUUGUGGCUAGAAUGCAAAAUAGCCAGCAAAUGUUCAUGCGAGGUGCAACAGUAACCUGGAACCUACCUCUACCUCCCUACCUUAGGUACGGACGGGCGUACAGUAUCUAAG